AUGUUAUCGCACGCGCAGUCCUCUCGCCUGAACACCUACCAUACACCGAAGCAGAGGAUCCUUGGGAACCCGUCAGCACAUCCCGCGCCCGCAUGGAGGCCGAACGCGAGGGCUGCCAACACGGACCCCGGGAGCAAGAUUCUGCUGAGCCGGCUCCCUCUGGAUGUCGAGGAGAACGAAGUAGAGACCUUGUUCACUAGGACAGUGGGACCGGUGAAGGAGGUUCUCAUGGUGUACAACUCCCAGGGCAACUCGCGCGGCAUGGCGGUCGUGACAUUUGCGCGCGCAGCCGACGCGUCUGUGGCGCGCGGGAAGUACAAUGGGAAGAUUGUUGACGGCAGAAGGCCAAUCCGAAUUGAGAUCGUAAUCGACGAUGAGGAGGUGCACAGAAUCCCGCCACCUCCCGCCACUGGCGCGCCGUCCCUCCUCGAGCGUCUCGGCCCCCCCAAGGUCUUCCAGGCUGCAGCACAACCACAUCCGCGCCAGCAUAUAGCCCUAGGAAAGGGUGCGCCACAGCAGCCGCAACAACAGCAGCCGCCACCGCCAACCGGGCCACACAACGUGAAGGGAAAGCUGCGCGCGAAGAAAGGGCCACGAAGGCUGAACAAGCAGCGACAAGCGCAGCCCGCAAAGCAGCCUCCAAAGAAGAAGACUGCAGAGGAGCUUGACAAGGAGAUGGAGGACUACAAGGCCCGCGCGGCGGGCAACAAGAUCAAGACUUCCGAGUCGGCCACUUUCAUGAUGCAACUUGUGUAGCCCGUAUACAUGAUCCUCGACGUGAGGAUAGAGAACGGUCUGUGGUGGAGGCGUCGUUCUUGGAUUAGAAUGUGACUGCUGAAUUGUAUUAGUGUUGUACUUGGGCAUUCAUCUUUAGCGGUUUGGGUUGUACAAAAUAACACCA